AUGGCGACCACGACCCUCCCGUCCGGCGUUGGCCCGCUAGCCACGUGCCGACAAUCCUGCCACGUGGACAGCCCUUCAUGCCGCACCGCGUCGUCCUCCGUUGUUGGGAGGACAGCUUUGCGAAGCGCGCUUGGGGGAAGAGCGCUCGGCGGAAGCUCAACUGCUGGGUUACGCAGCUGGCGCGGGAAGAGCGGGAGCGGGAGCGGGGGAGCGGAGAGGUUGCGCGUGAGAGCGUUGACGGAGGAGGAGGUUGAUGUUGAGGGGGAGAGCAUCGCCGACGACUAUUACUCCAUCCUCGGCUUGACUUGCGACGCGACGCCCGAGGAGAUCAAGCGCGCGUACUACGCGUGCAUGAAGGCGUGUCACCCAGAUCUCAGCAACAACCACCCCGACAGCGUCACCUUCUGCUCCUUCGUCAACGAGGUCUACGAGGUACUGAGUGAUCCCGAGAUGCGGCUCGUGUAUGAUGAAAUUAAGGGAUAUUCGCUGACGUCGAUUAAUCCGUUCAUGGACACGCGACACGAGAAAGACCAAGUGUUUGUCGACGAGUUCACAUGCAUUGGUUGCAAGAACUGCGCUAAUACCGCGGAGGACACAUUCGAGAUCGAGGAGAUGUGGGGCCGUGCGCGCGUGUGCAACCAGGGCGGCAACCCGCCCGCCAAGAUUCAGGAGGCCGUUGAGACAUGCCCCGUGUCAUGCAUCCACUGGGUGACAUCGCCACAGCUGGCGCUUCUAGAGGACGAGAUGAGGCGCAUGGAGCGAGUGAGCGUCGCUAUCAUGCAGGCUCAGAGCAGCCGCGGGGCCGAUGUGUUCAUGCAGGCGAAUUCCAGAUGGGAGAAGCGGCGCAACAAAGCACUGUCCAAGGCAAAGGCGCAGGCAGCAAGGGACGGGAAGGCAGGCAAGUACAACAAGCCGCUGUGGGAGACCAUGGGUGAAGCCAUGGGGAUGGGCGGGGAGAAAUCCUCCUGGAGAGGCGACGGGGAAGGCGUGUCUGAUAAGGCUGCUAGCAGUAACCCUGUCAACCAGGAGAAAGUCAGGCGGGCGGCAGCGGCGGCUAGGAGAUGGAGGGAGUAUUCAAGACAGGGGGUGGAUCGGAGGAGGAAGAUGUUCCUUGCUGCUGAGUCAGGCGGGUCGGAUGAGAGUGCAGGGGAGGAGAUCGAGGAGGAGAGGAAGGAGGGAGGUGGAGAGAAAGUGCAGGGCAAGGGAAAGGGGAAGCAGGCAGAAGAGAGGGACAGGGAGCCUGUUGCUUUGUAG